GGUAUUUCUACAGCAAUGGAGGGAGAAGCCGAAUCAGACUUGCAAAAGAUUGAAGCAGAUGUCGCCGAACUGGCUGCAAGGCGUGUAGCCCCCUUACUGAGAAAACCGGAAGAUCUCGAGAAAGUCGAACAGCACCGAAGAAUGGUUAUGAGGCGAAAGGCUGGCGUAGAAGCUCGUCUGAAGACGUCAAUACAAACUCAGCUAGAAGACGUCAAAACAGGACUUUCCAAACUGAAAAGUGCGGUGCAAGAGAUACGAGAGAUACGGGACAGUAUGGCAGAUGUGGAUAAGCAGUGUUCAGUGUGUCAUCAGUUGACACGUGACAUUGAUAAGAUCAAAGAUGUCAGCAGGCAGCACAACCAACUAUCAGCGGCUUGUGACAAUCUCAAGCACAUUGUUCGCGUACCAGAAACUGUUGUAGAGACCGAGGAGCUCAUUAACAGUGGAGAGUUACUGAAAGCUCAUAAAUUAUUGACUGACUUGGAAGCAACCAGAGAUGACCUUUUAUUUCAAUUGCAUAAGACAACAUCUGAGAAAAUCACUGAGAAACAUCCUGUGAAUGCUUAUUUUGUACAAGUGGCAUCUGUGUCAGAUAUGCUGGCAACACAACUGUUGUUUGUUAUGCAACGAGCUCUUAAUGUUGUUCGGAGUGAUCCCACAAAGCUUGUGACUGCACUGAGAAUUAUUGAGAGAGAAGAAAAGUCUGAUACUAAAGCUUUGGCAAAAGAGAAAGCUGUUGGAUUUCUGCCUCCUGGAAGACCAAAAGAGUGGAAAAGAAAAUGCUUAGAUGCUCUUGAGAAAGCAACUACGCAGAGAUUUGAAAGUCAACAACCUCUUGACAGUGGUGAGAACAAGAUUUGGCUUGCAGUUUAUCUGGAGCUAGUUAAGCGCACUGUCAUUGAAGAUAUUGACAUUGUUAAGACACUGUUUGUGCCAUGUUUUCCACCACAGUAUAACAUCGUUGAUCAUUACAUAGUCAUGUACCAUCAUUGUCUUCGGACUUUGUUAGAGGACACUGCUAGUCAACAGAGAGAGGCUAAUGAGAUAAUUCAUCUGUUGUCAUGGGUGGCUCAUUAUCCGGAAAUGAUGAGAAAUCCUAAGGUGAAUGUUGAUAUCUCAAGGUUUGAUGAACCUUUGUUGUCAUCAUCAGCCAUAGCUGAGUUGGAGAAAGAUUACACUGAUAAGACCAGACAGGCGCUGAGGGGGUAUGCUCAUCGCAUGAUUGAGGCUGAUAUUCAAGACUGGUCUCGCACCCAGUGUCCAGAUGCUGAUGUUAAUGGACACUAUCACACGGCGGUUGCUGUUCUUCUGUUCCAGAUGCUUGAUCAAAAUCUAAGUGUUGUGGACACCGUUGGAACGAAACUGAAGAUGCAGGUUCUUCAAGUGUGCAUGGAUGUGUUAGAUAUGUUUUGUGAAAAGUACAAAGCUGCUGUUGAUGAAUUUAAAAUAAAGUAUUGGCAGACUGAACGUAAAGAGCCUCGGUAUUUUGUGGAGUAUAUGAUGGCAAUAGCAAACAACUGCCAAUUUUGUACUGACUUCACACAACAGAUGAAGGUCCGUGUAUUGAAUGGUGAUGUAGGUGUGGAGGAAGAGAAGCGUGUGGAACAGCAUUUUGAUGAGACGGCUAUCGCAUUCCAAGAGAUAUCUCAGAUGAGCUGUGACUACUUACUUGAUAUGGUAUAUACAGAUCUAGAACCUCACCUGGACCAGCUCUUCAACAAGAAAUGGCUGCAGUCGGGAGGUGCGCUAUCAACAGUUGAUGUGACAAUGCAAGAUUAUGGAGCAGAUUUUAAACACUUGAAAGAGAACUUUUAUAACUACCUUAUACAACGAGCUCAGGACAGGCUGCUUGUGAAGUAUAUCACGGCAAUGCUAGAAAAGAAAACACAGUUCAAGUCAAAGGAUGAACGCAAAAAAGCUGCCGAGAAGAUCAAGAAAGAGGCUAUGCACAUUGGCAGUAUAUUCCAGAAACUCAGUGAAGCAGCAGUGCCUUCAACAUGCACUGUACUGGAGACUCUAGCUGAUGUGAUAGAAAUUAAGGAUAUCAGUUUAUUGUCUUUGGAACUCGAGGGACUUGUUAAUAAACACCCCGACAUGAGGGAAGAACAUGCUAUGGCAUUGUUGAGUGUUCGAGGUGAUGUGAGCAAGUCACAAGCUAAAGAGAUUAUUGCCCAAACAAAGUUGGCGAAUGCUGACUCUGAUAGAGAGGAAGGCGAAUAUAGGGAUGUUCAACGAGGUUACUUUAGUGAAAUUCAUAUUGCUUCAGGUGGUCUUUUCAACUAGGCAAUGUAUUAUAGCUAAGUAUUAUUGCUAGCAAUUGAUACUUAGGGAUUGAGGAAUUGAGUACAUACUGUUAGGUAAAUGAGAUUAUAGACUUUGAAUUAAAAUUUUACACAUUGUUA